ACCUGAAACUUCAAACGGCACCGUAUUACAGCGUCAUCGCCGCCUUCAUUUUCCUACCACCAAUCCAAUGUUUUCGCAAUAAAACCACAAAACAUCACAGAACUUUCAAAUUCAGUUGGUCUUCUUCAUGUCCCGAUUCUCCUUUCACUGAGUCAAUAAAGAUAAAUUUACAGGUUAUUUCUCCUUUGUUGCUGAGAUGUUGCCCUUUUCUGCAAGUAAUAUCAGCUCUGUGCCUGUUUCUGUGCCAGCGAAGACAAGGGGUCAAUGCAAGGGCCAAAUUAAGCAAGCAGGACAAGGUCCACUUGGACUUGCUACACAAUUACAGCCUAUUGAUAGAAUAAAACCCUUUGUACAUUCAAGUAGAAAGCGAUCUGCUUCUAUUAUAUGUUCUGCUGCUAUGAAUGCAAGAUGCUCUACUUCAGGGCAAACUCAAACUGUUCUCAAGGAGACACCUACAAUUACCAAGGCUCCUGUACGAGAACCAACGAAGACACCUCAACUUGAUGACGGAGGACCUGGGCUCCCACCCCGUGAUGACGGUGAUGGUGGCGGUGGUGGGGGUGGAGGAGGAGGAAACUGGUCAGGUGGAUUCUUCUUCUUUGGCUUUCUUGCUUUUCUAGGGUUCUUAAAAGACAAAGAGAGCGAGGGAGACUACCGGGACAGCAGGAGAAGAUAAAGAAAAAGGAUUUGGAAUCAAUAAAUUUUUUAUGCACUUCAAUUCUUAUAUGUCGUGAGCCGAAAUUUUUUGGGUGGACGGAUAGCUAUUAAGCAUAAGCAUGAGAUAGGACAACUUUUGAUGUCACUUACAUCAAAGCAGGAAAUUGUAACGCUAUGUUGUAUUGUUUCUGUUUCAGUUUUCCAUUACCUCUAAAAGGAUUUGUUUUACUAACCUAUAAUAAAAGCUUUCUGUUAAUUCA